AUUAUCCGAGUAUAAAUUCAAACUCCAUUGUUUAGAUAAUUCAGUAACAUUUCUGACCUCAUUUGUUGAACACAAAUCUGCGCGCAUCCUUUUAAACGGUCACAAUGCAUACAUUCUACAUUUUGGUAACAAUGGCGGCGCUCGUCACGUUGGCAGUGUGUCAAUUUCCAGCCGAUAUGGAGAAAUUCCAUAAAGCUUGCAUGGACGAAGCCAAAGUCACGGAGGAAGAACUGAAGCAAUUCUUUCAAAAUGGCAUGAAAGCUGAUGAAGCCAAGGAAAAUAUAAAGUGUCACACAAAAUGCUUGAUGCAAAAACAAGGCAUAUGGAAGGAUGGUGUCUUCAAUGCUGAUGCCAAAGUUAAAGAGCUCAUGCAAAUGCCAAAAUUAAAGGGCCACGAAGCCGAAAUCACACAAGCCAUGAAUAAUUGUAAGAACGAGAAAGGUGCUAAUGAAUGUGAUACGGCUUUUAAGAUUACCAUGUGCCUCAAGGAGUUUAGGUCAAAGAAUCCCUAGGAAUUCAAAGUUCUCUGCUCUACAUGCUGCUUUUAUCUGCCCUGGAUUGUUGAUCGAUUGUUUUAAGAGAGUUCUCUAUUAGAAAAUGUACAUCUGCUGAUUUUUAUAUGUUAUUUGGUAUAAGGGAUUAAUAAAUAUGAAAUGUGUCUAUUAAAAAUUAAAAAA